AUGGUUCGUGUUGAUCGAGAUUUGAAACGGUGCUACUUUUAUCGCAUUAAAAUUGAUGGGGAUGUUCAAAAACCAGCAGAUAUACGAUCGCCUUCUUUAGAAUUUCCAAAAUCCGGAAUUCCGCGGCAGGACAUUAUUCCAUAUAACCCACAUAUUCGAACAAGAACAUCUCGUCUACCGAUCCGACCUUCUAGUUCACGAAGAAUAAGUUGGAGCCGAGAAGCAGAUCGUGUCCGCGAGAUAUCUCCCCGGAGUGAGCCGGAGCCAAUAAGAAGAUAUGAUCCUCCGUAUUUACAAAAAUCACAAAGCUUCUCAGACGAUUGGCCUGAAAAAACAUACCCUAUCGCUGAAAAAAAGUCAAAGAAAAAGAAAAAGACUCCAAUGAUAAAACCAAAGUCUGUUAAAACAUCACAUCAGGAACCAGUUCUGGAGCCGGUAUUCGUACCAAUUAAACCAAAAAAAUCAGCUGUGCCAAUCAAAUCAAAGGUUGUAAAACCAAAAGAGCAGAUAAUAAGACAACAAAGGGAACAACGCUAUCGAGCUCAAAAAACGGAGCAAAUGGAAAGAACGCAGCAUGCAAACUCCAAUUUGAGGAAAGUGAAGUCUGAGAGCAACUUGAAGAAAUUACCAAAUGACACAUUGAUGAGGAAAGCAGAUGCCGGAAAAACAAAGCAUUUUAAUCCUCCUCGUUGGCGUCAUGUUGGUGAUCGCAAUCGACGUCGUCAAGGUGACAAGAAUUCCCGCUCAUUUGCAUCUGAUUAUUACUUUUGA